CAGGACAAGAAUGCAGGCUUCCAUAAUGAUGCGCAUGCCACAGAGGCUUGCUAUGCUCGUACUCUUCUUCUUAUCUGGUGUCAGCACCAAAAAGCUUCUCCAAGGCUUUAAUAAUAAUGAUGAUAAAGAUGGCAAGGAUGGAGCCUGGUUGCAGAGUUUCCCGAGGGCACGGUGCAUGUCCCGCUGCUUGAGUUUGCACAGCGCCGCAACACUGCAGAACAAUGGAUCGCUAGCAUGGUGUCGCAGCCAUAAAGAGUGUGCAAAGUGUCUGAAUCCCUGCAAAGAUUCCUGGCACACAAAAAGGAAGAGAAAUUGCAAAGAUCUCUGUAAGGAAUUAUUUCCCAUAGACCACUGGGAAUGUGUGGCCAGCUGUGAGUUCCUUCAAACAGUGUCAGAGGUAAAACAAGGUGGCUGUCCCCUUCCGACACUGGCCAGUGGCUUUGCGGCCGCCUGUGUCGACAGCUGUGAUCACGACACGGAAUGCCCUGAACAGAAGAAAUGCUGCUCCAACAACUGCGGUCACACAUGCCAGUAUCCACAAAACAUUUAUAAGGGGGUUCCGGUAAAACCGAGGAAGAAGCUAGACUUUGAGGAGGUGACCCCUGGUCAGCUAGAGGUGCGCUGGUCCUCCAGGUUAAAUAUCUCCGCUGAGCCCGUGGUCUACAUCUUGCAGACCAGGUGGAACUUUGGCAUUCAGCCCAGUGAUGAUGCUGACAUUUCUUGGCAUGUGGUUGCACAGACCACAGAGCAGAGAACCCAAUUGUACAACAUUAGACCAGGCCGCUGGCACCAAUUCAGAGUUGCAGCUGUCAAUGGCCAUGGAACCAGAGGUUUUACCACUCCUAGUAGACACAUUUGUUCCAGCAGAGACCCCCCUCCCCCUCCCGCACCAACUGAGCUUAGGGCGACCAACAUAACAUUUGCUUCAAGCCAGACGGUGUGGGUCCAACUACAGUGGCGCAUGCUUGAAGACCUCGAUGUUCCUGUUGACCACUACAAGGUCUUCUGGGGUUGGACUGCUACUGGUCAAACAACUGCUUCCUCCUUGACAAAAUGGAGGAAGCUAGUAAGAGAUAGGCAGGUGAUACUGGAUGGCAUUCAGACCAGUCGUACUUAUAGAGUGGAAGUUCAGGCUGUGUCCUACUGGAAACAAACCCAGCUUAAGGGACCUCGGGCCAUCGUACACUUCAGCACAGAGCUCAACACCACUGCCUCACCAAAAUCCUCUGUGGCUGACGACAUACAUGUGGGUACACCGUUCUAUCAAAAUGGUCAGCUUCAGGUUCACAUUUACUGGCAGAGAAGCACAGACACUUCAGUUGAAUACUACAGAAUACAGUGGUUACCGGAGUAUUGCGAGCACAAACAAAAAAUACACAGAAAGAAAAGCAGCACACAGGAGACCUUCACAUGCUUGCAAGGUUUGCUCUUCUCUUGUAAGUACAAAGUCCUACUGCAGCCUGUCAGUAGGACCAAUCGGCCUCCAGCAAAGAGCAUCUGCUUCACUACACCUUCCUGUUCUGCCAUACAAGCCAAGAGCCCCAAACCAAUAGGCUGUAACAGAGGAAUGUCGACUCCUCAGAAGGCUUUGAUCAAGCCAAACAACCUGAGAGUUUCCUUCAAGGUUCGUGGCGGUAACCUAUCUGCCAUCUUCAACUGGGAGACAUCUGCUAGCUCAUCUCAGCGUCAAUUAACUGGCUACAGGGUGACCCUGGUGGAGGUCACGUCAAUCAGCCAACUCAAUAAUAGCAACAUUUAUCAAUCCCAGAUUUUAAACCCGGACAUGAAGUAUCUGGCAAUUUCUGACCUACACCUGGCCAGUGUCUACAGGUUGGCGGUCCGGGCCAUCACUACAGAUGGUGAAGGACCAGCCAUCAGCAGAACCUUCCAGACUCCAUCUUUUCAACAUGUGUCAAAGCACACAAAAUAUGAUUGAUAAACAAGCAAUAUCUGGAACAUUACUAUCAUUUCCCGUUCACUCCGUGGCAUUCACCUGGCAGUCAAUCGAAAAUGCACAUUUAAGUCUUCCUGAACUAAAGGUAGCAUUAAGCCUCUCAAAUACGUACAAGGAAAAAAAUUUCAAAUACAGAAAUGCAUCACCCCACCAAAUGACUUUUUCCUUUGAGUGUUCCGUGUUUGAUAUACAGUGCAUGCAAAUGCGCAACUUGUUGGCCUUCAUUGUAAUCAGCAUCACUUAACUCUCAGUGGCAUUAACGAUGAUAGACGUCCAACCAUGUGACGCUUUUCAUCUUUAUGCUGUGAAGCUAAAUUAAGCUGUCACGAGUAGACGUCCAGUCCAUUAGAGCUGGGAGGUUUGGCAGCGAAUGAUUGGUUCAUUCACUGCCAACCCUCCCAUCUCAAAUGGACUGGAUGUUUAUUGCAGUCACUUACAUUCAUAAAUUAAGAGUGCAUUUACAAAAAGAUUAUAAGAGAUUAGUCAAUAAACGUUCUAUGUAGUGUAAAUUGUGAAUAUAAAGUCUGUUGUAUUAUAUAUAUUUUCUGCCCACUUAACUUUCUGGAGAGCUAUUGUAGGCUAUAAACAUAACAAAAUAAAUCCUAUGCCAAGUGUAGUGCCUGCUAUUUGGAUUUGCUAUAUUUCCUUGUUAUCUUACCCUAAGGGUUGUUCCACCGUGUCCUUUAUGCACACCAACUCAAUGCUCAGAAAUGAUUGCAACAUGCUUCAUUG